CUAUUUGAUGUUUUUUUUUGGAAAGAUUCCUUUUGAAUGUUUAUCUAUACUUUCAAAGAACAAAAAUUAUAUUUAGUAGUUCUCAAUGAAUGUGGGUAUUGGUACUUUCAGGUAGGUGUUGCAGAACUUAAAGUUGCAGUUGAAAGGAGUGGGGGGUUGGUUGUGCUGGCGGAAAGCUUUGGCCAUUCUGUUUUUAAGGAUUCUCUCAAAUGCAUUUUUCAGUCCACUGACUACGACUUUGGUCUAUCAUUUAAGCUUCAGAUGAAUUUGUUAAGAGGCGUGAAGAGAUGUGCCCAAGUGUGCGUUGAGAAGGUCUUUAUGUCUUUCGAAUCCACCGUUCAUAAGAGGGCAAGCGAAAUGGUAUGGUCUUUGUUCAAUCGUAACAUGCCUCUGGCAAUUGAACUGAGUGCAAUAAGAAUUGUUGGCAGAUCAAAAAGUGAAUUACUGUCUCAACCAAAGCAUUUGGAGGUCCUCCAUAUGCUAAAUUCGCUGAAACUUCUUUUCCCUUUUCUCUCAAAGAAAGUCACUAUUAAAUUGUUGCCGGAUUUAUAUAAGCUCUUGGGUUGCCAUUUCUCCCCACUCAUGCGGCACAUUCUUGAUAUUCUUGGAGUACUUUUUGAAUUUUCAAGAGUAGACAUUCCUGUAUCAGAAGUCGAUAACAUUAUAGUUUCACUUGUAUCACAUGUAUCUUAUGGUGGGGAGAAUCCAGUAGACACUGUUAUGUCUGCAUCAGCCUUGUUAAAGACUAGAUGAGAAUCUCACAGUCCACUAGUCAGAAUGCAAGAUAAACAACACUGAUGAAGAAGAUUUAUGUUGUAGGAGACUGAAACAUGGAACUCAAAAUAAACAUGGCAUUGGUUGCAUGGGUUUCUUGUGUAUGAUUCUUGAGCAGCAUCAAACACAUGUUCAUUGGAUGGCCAACCUUUUUUGUUUAUUUUUA